AUGGAAAAGGGGAGGAGAAAACAAGACUUGUGGUCGUGGAUACAUCUGGAAGAAAAAGGACCAAUAUUCCCUAAACCAAAAUACACGCUCUUCUUCUCACUAACGGCCGCCGCAUCAUCUUUCUUCUAUCGACGCCGCCUCCGAAAUUCCUUUCUUCCAUCAACGCUCCUUUCUCCAUUCCCGGCGUCGUCUCCGGCUCCAGAGUCGUCUCCGCCAAGCCCUCUGCUAUUGCACCAUUCCUCCAUCCUUAUCUGCUCAGAUUUGCCUGUGAAGCUGCUUCGAUCCUCAGGUAUAUAA